ACAAUUGGUUAGGCUACACCUUUGGAGAGUUGUCCCAGCAUAGAUCCAUACACCUAGUAGACAAACACACACACACACACACAAACAUGUAGUCUCUCGAGUCCCAGGACCUUCCCUCCGAAUGAGCACAAGAUCUGUUGUCUCCUCUCCUCCUCCUCCUCCGCGUUUUCGGUGUGUCCCUUGCCACAUGUAUGUAUAUUCCCAGCUUCAUCACACACACACAGCAUCGGGAUUGGAUAUCCAUAUGAAGAAGAAUAAUAGUAAUAACUACAGGUGGUUCAGAGUGUCAGAUAUGAUCCCAAAUGCCUCCUCCUGCUUCUUCUCCAACUCCAAAUCAAGAAAUACAAAUACAAUUACCAACACAAACAAAACCCCAAAGACGACCAAGAAGAUCAACAGCAAAUUACAAUCAUCAUCGUCAUCUUCAUCUUCAUCUUCAUGCAGGUACCAGGUGCAGCUGCAGCAGCAGUACUAUCAAACCAAUUCUCCCUCUCUUUCAGAAUCAGAAUCAUCAACCUCCAAAAAACUCAUCCAUGACGUCCUCGUAUCAGUAUCACUCCCCCCAAUUCUCACCAAACCGGCCACACCCCAUCAAACAAACUCCCACUCCCAAAUUAAUCAACAACCUCCAAUUCUCAAUACCGCCAAUCAUAAUAAUAAUGUCAUAAUGUCCUCCUCCAAGAAUAAGAAGAAGAAGAAGAUGGUAUCAUCAUCGGCAGCGGCCGGCGGAGUCAGGAUUCGGAGAAGGAGUUUCAGAGGAUCAUAUUCAUUUGUAGAUGGAGAUGGAAGAGAGGAUAUGAUUAUGAAGGUGAGAGAGAGAGUGGCCAUAGUGAAGGAGUCGUUCGAUCCAGAAAGGGAUCUCAGGGAAUCCAUCAUGGAGAUGAUCAUGAUCCACAUGGAGAUGGAGAUGAAGAAGAAGACGAAGAAGAAUAUGAUGAUUCAUGAGUCGUCCUCACCAUUGUUGGACGAAAUUCUUUCUUCUUACUUGUCACUCAACUCACCUCACUAUCAUCACCUCAUUAUCAAAGUCUUUCACCAUAUCUGCUUAACCUUACCCUUAACUUCUUCUUCGCGUAACAUAACAAGAAAUUAAGAUGAAGAUUAUGUCAUGUCAUAUGUGACUAUCGCAUGAUAUUCAGUGUAAUGGCUGCUUUUUACCUCAAUUACUUUCUUUCUUAAUAUAAUCCACAUUUUUAUU